CUUUCGGAGUUCGGACUGGCAAAUACCUAGUUGGCGCGGCUGCACAAGUUUUUAAAAACUUGCUGGCUUUUAAACCUCUUCUCCAUUAUAACUAAUAAAAAUACUCAAGGUUAAAAUGUUGUGGCCGGCCGCUGCGGGUGAGUUCAUCGCGGAAAACGCUCAGCACGUCAAGAUACAUGAAGACGGACUUGAUAAGCUGUGUAAAGAGAUGUUAAAAGGCCUAGACAUCCCCGACACGGGCGCGGACAUGAUUCACCCCUCCAAGGACCACCCUCGCGCCGUCGACUGGGUAUUUGUCUGUGACGCGCUCAACUUUUGCUUCUGGUCGUACUCCGGGGUGGAGAAGUGGACGGUGGAUGGGCAUUCGGGGUAUUAUGCUUUGGAGGCAGCACUGCAUAGAGCUAUUAAGGAAGGCCACGACAUAACCAACCCAGAAUACUACUCCAAAAUCACCGCAGACCAACUCCACCACAUAAUGCGAAGCGACAAUUCCGUCCUAAUCCCACUCUUCAACGAGCGACUAUCGGUCCUUCACGAAGUCGGUACAAUCCUACUUCAAAAAUACGAAGGGACUUUUCAAACAUGCGUCAAAGCUGCUAAUAAAUCUGCUGUGAAAUUACUUGAGAUUAUAGUCGAGAAUUUCCCAUGUUUUAAAGAUGAGGCUACAUAUAAGGGCCAAAGAGUCGCUAUAUAUAAAAGAGCGCAGAUUUUAGUGGCUGAUCUUUGGAAUUUCUUUGACAAGGAAGGGUGGGGCGAGUUUGAGGAUAUAGAUAAGAUGACGAUGUUUGCUGAUUAUAGGGUGCCGCAGGUUUUAGUGUUUUUUGGGGUGAUGAGUUAUAGUGACGAGUUGAUGGAAAAAUUGAAGAGAGAUGAACUCCUCCCAAGCGGUUCGGAACAAGAAGUAGAAAUCCGCGGCUGUUCCAUCCACGCCGUGGAACUUCUCAAGAAGAAGCUAGGUUCUAGCACGAAGCUAGAAGGUUCUAGCACGAAGGACUUGAACUCUAGCUAUAUCGAUUAUUAUCUGUGGUGCUAUCGGCGCAAGUAUGCUGAGGAGAUGGAGAAAGUGCCUUUCCAUAAGACGCUGGGGAUAUAUUACUGAGGUAUCAUUGUUAUAUUGCAGCUAUAGGUAAUUACAGUCAGCGUCGAAUAGAUAGUGAACGCCCAAGUCGCCAAUUUUUUUUUAUUCCACAUCGCUGGCAUACAAGCAUACGGCCCGCCUGAUGGCAAGCAGUCACGGUAGCCUAUGGAAGCCUGCAGUUGCACUCCAGAGGUGCUACAUGCGCGUUACCGACCUUUUACCUGUACUGUACACUCCUUUCUUGAAGAACCCAAUACUGUAGAAGUGUAGACCCUCGGGAAAACCUCGGAACACAUAAUUGUUGUCUAUGGCAGGGGUCUCCAAACCCCGGCCCGCGGGCCAAAUCCGGCCCGCGAAGCGUUCCAAUCUGGCCCGCCGACAGCGUUCCAAUCCGGCCCGCGGGACCCAGGCUCCAGGGGUUCAGCCCUAACAGAAGCAACCAGAUACACCGACCCCCCCUCGGCGACGACGGCGGCCCGCGCGAAAUUUCUGAGGCGCAAUAUGGCCCUCAGGUAAAAAAGUUUGGAGACCCCUGGUCUAUGGUAACAAUAAAGGUGUGUUACGAUCUAUUUGGCCACUUUGGCUGGCUCUAUCUAUUUGAUGUUGGCUAUACAACUUAACUCAGAUGGCUGGUGAGGUUAGGUUCUUAGGUUAGGUUAGUCGCAGUGUUUGUAGUGGAAGAUGGAAUAGUUCUUGAGUUCAUUGACCAGUUUGUAUUUAAUUUACACUUACUAAAAAAAUCAGUUGAAUGCACCGUAAUACCGUCUGAGUUAAGAGGAGAUUUAUCGAAAUGAAACCUAUUUAAUUUUGUUGAAAAAGCCAUCAUGCUAAUGUUUUGUACUUUAUUCAAAUCUAAUUUGCCAUAUUCGCUAAACUUUAAUAAGCAUGGUCCAUAAAUAAUGUUAUACCAGGUUAUGGGUCCAGCAUUGCUUUCACUUUUGACUAUUCAGGAAAUAAAUGCAGGUGUAAAUUAUAUUUCCUGAUUUAUAUAAAGUGCUGUGCACUUUUUUGUGAUAAAUUUGGUGCCUAUUAACCCUUUCCAGGCAUAGUGCACCUAACGACCAUAGAGUUUAUAUAAUAUAAUAGAAUUUGAACCUUAGGAGUCCAAUGUAAGGUUUAUAUACCUAGGUACUAUUGGACUUUCGGGAAAAGUGACUUGUCAUUAAAUGAAUCAUCAAAGCUGCAUUAUGUUUAAUAUAUUAGCAUUUUUUGGGAAAACCUUGUAGUUUGGUGCGGCCUGGAAAAGGGUUAAAGCCUUGUGGUCGCUAUACGUAUAAGUAGGUACCUAACUUAUAAGCUAAAACUGUAUUUUAUAUAGGCGUAAUUUUUUAGGCAUAUUUAACUUUUUGCUACAUAUUUUAAGUAUUUUAUUGCA